GUCUACCCAAAUUGUCAAAUUUAAAUGGCACCCGAAGUAUUUUACCCCAUUACAUGCACGCCACUUGUAAGUCCUGUAAACUUGAAGGACCAAAUGCGUACACCCUUGAAACAUUGUACAGUACUAAUGAAAAUCUCAAAACCCCUCCUCGACUCACUGUUUAGUGUUUAGUGUGGUGUCGAUUGUCGAACGUCGAUCGUACUGCCGAUUUGAGAACUCAGCUGGCGUUGAUUUUGGCAAAGUAGUAGCGACUAGCGACUCCCUUCUUCCAUAGCAGCGGCAGCGCGAAACUCCGAUUGGAGGCAGCUUCAAGGGAUCCACAAAACCCUCAUAAUUACUCUUUCCGCUUAGAACCUCCGCUGAAAUUUAGGGUUUUGGCUUCAGCUAAACCAGUGAGCAUGUGGAGGUCCGUAGCCGCCAAAUCCACCCGGGUUACUCAAAUCCUCGACAAGGUACUACUCCGACCUUCAUCUCAUUCAUCCCCGCAUCAUCACUUCCGAUUUCUGUCCAUUUCCUCGUCUGUCAGCCCAACCCUAGAAGAAACGCCGCCGCCGCUUUCGUCGCACCCUGCGGCGGACGCCGGCUUCGACUUCCCCUCUGCUCCCAUUCACCAUGAUUUUGUUGAGAGUGCUGAUAGGGAGAGAUUAGGGGAUGCCGACACGGCCAUUGGUAUUGAGGAGUUGAACGAAGCUGAUAAUUUCAGCCCUGAAGCUGCUGUUGAUGAAUUGCCCGUAGAAGAACGUGUUUACGAGAUUGAUCUGGAGAAGUUGGAGACCGUGCUUUCUCUGCUGCAGAGCAGUGCUGAUGGGUCUCUGGAGUCAACGCUUAACGGAUUGGAGUUGGAUUUGCACGAAGAGUUGGUGCUGAGAGUGCUCGAGACGCCCAACCUUUUGGGCCCAAAUUUGAUUAGGUUUUUCAACUGGGCUAGAAGCAAGGAGUCUGAUGCAGUUGUGGUGACUUCCCAGCUGGUUGAGGCACUUGUUAAGGCGAUAUGCGCUUGUUGUCAUGCGAGGAAGAAAGACGCAUACGCACUGUGGGAUCUGAUUGUGGAGGUUGGUGAUGAUAAUGGGGAAGCUGCUACUCUGCUGAAUGCACAGAUUAUUAACCCGUUGAUUGCACUGUUAUCCAAGUUGGGUAAAGGCAAGGCCGCUUUUGAUGUUUUCAACAAGAUGGGGGAUUUUGGCUGUGUCCCUGAUUGUGAUACCUACUAUUAUACAAUUGAAGCACUCUCGAGAAGAUCAUUCUUUGAAUGGGCUUGGGAAGUUUGUGAGAAAAUGCUGAAUGUCGGACUUCUUCCCGAGGAUCCUCAGAAGGUUGGAAAGAUCAUCUCGUGGUUCUGCAAAGCGAACAGGGCAAGCGAUGCGCAUAUGGUUUAUAUGUCAGCGAAGGAGAAAAACAGGUACCCACCACGGCCGUCUACUAAUUUCUUGAUUGCUUUGCUUGCUCGCAAGGAUGAGACUGUCAAGUUAGCUCUAGAAAUGUUGGAUGGCUUUUCCGGGGAAUCUAGGAAAUACGCCAUCAAACCUUUUGCAGCCGUUAUGCAUGGUUUGUGUAGAUCUAAGGAUGUUGCUGAGGCAAAAUCAUUGCUUUCUAUGAUGAUUGCUGAUGGUCCGCCACCUGGAAAUGCUAUUUUCAAUCUGGUGAUCAACGCUUAUUCUAAAGCUGGGGAUAUGGAUGGAGCAAUGAAGACAAUGAAGCUGAUGAAGAGCAGGGGACUAAAACCCGAUGUCUACACUUACACUGUGACUAUGAGUGGUUAUGUGAGGGGUGGCUGCAUGGAAGAGGCUUGCAAACUACUUUCAGAGGCAAAAAAGAAGCAUACCAAGUUAAGUCCUGUAUCGUACCAUACACUUAUUCGUGGGUACUGCAAGCUGGAACAAUAUGAAAAGGCUUUAGGGUUGUUGGCAGAGAUGAAGGAGUUUGGUGUUCAGGCUAGUGUAGAUGAGUACACUAAGUUGAUUCAGUCCCUUUGUUUGAAGGCCUUGGAUUGGAGAAGAGCAGAAGAGCUGUUGGAGCAAAUGAAAGACAGUGGCUUGCAUCUGAAUGGCAUUACCAAGGGCCUCAUACGCGCGGUGAAAGAGCUAGACGAGGAAAUAGGGUCUGACGAAGAACUAAGCAUUGCGGCAUGAAAUUUUUUUCCCAGUUAUUUGUUUAUCUGCAGCAUUUUGAUCUUUCGUGUUUUAGGCUUUAGUUUGUCUUGGCAUAUCACUUCACAUAAAUUAGAUUGAAGGAGAAAGCUUCAAACAAUUUUGUUUCGGCAACUAUUCAUUUCUGAAUGCUUCCAGUUGGUGCAUUCCCAUCUUUAUUCUAUUUCUCUUUUGUUAGGUAUUGGCUUAUUGCCAUUUAUUGAGGCCUACAUCCCAAUACACAUUUCUGUCAAGCUUGAUAGCGUGGUGUUCCAUGUUUGCUUAUUAACCUGGAAGCCUUGCCCUGUGUUUUCUAUUCAUAAUUGCAAUUGUUCGUUGAUUUGCAGUUUGCUAAUGUGCUUGUAGCAGGCAUUUUAGGAGAGGGUAUCGGUAAGGCUGUUGUUUAGGCCUAAAAUAUUUUUGGCCUAAAUUAAAUGUUGGAUUAACUAGUUUCGGCAUUUAAUUCGAUGUCGCAUGACAAAAAAACGGUGUCGUUGAAAGACAAGCAAUGCUGCGGUACUUGAAACGAUAUUGUUUUAGUAGAAAACAAUGCCGUGAGCGGUUUUGAAUGUUGGUGUUGGGGUUGGAAAAUGAGUGCUUUUUAUUCCUUGUCGGAGAAGGAUAAAAAACAGUACCGUUUAGUGACAAGCAAUGUCGCCGGUAGAACCAAGCGGUGUUGUUUAGCUAAAAACGACACCGCAGAUUAGAAAACGACAGUGUUUGAUAUAAAUCAUUGUCGUGAAUUCGCCUGACCAUAUCCCAGCGUUGCUUGGUAGCCUCACAGUCAUGCAAGGCAAAAAUAACAAUGCGGCACUAAGAAAACGACAUUGUUUAGUUAAAAGCAGUGUUGUAAGAAUUUAACUAUGUCGCAAAAAAGUGAAAUCCCAACGGUACCACUGUACUAAGAAACGACAAUGUUUAGUAAAAACAAUGUCGCGAGAGAUUGCAGCAUAAACGAUGUCGUGGUAGUAGAAGACAGCUUCGUUCCGCAAGAACAACGUCGAGCCUAACAUGACAACGAUGCCGCAAAGCUCGAGUGAGCCAACGACACCGCGAGACUGGAAGCGGAGUCAUUUAAUUUUAAAACAAUGUCGCGAUGAUCGAAUGUCCAGAUUAAUUGAUUAACAUUUCCAAUAAUUAUUUUGGACAAUGCCGUUUAGAUAAAAACGACAUCGCGAGAUCAACGAUGUCGUGAGGUUGACGCUGGCGCGAGAUUGACAGCGUCGCGAGCUAAGCAUUGUCGUAAAUGGGUUCAACGACGUCGUUAAGAAAACUUUGUUGGUGGAGCCGUGAAGGUGUGAGCAACGUCGCAGGUUCAUGAAAAUAAGGGAGUUAUUUUCUUGCACGUAAGUUCACGCGAAGCCGUUUGAGGACAUCAAGGCGGUUGAGACACGUGAGAGUUCACAACGGAGCAGUUGAGGAAGCGGUUUCACGGAGCGUAAAGACUACGAAGAUGCUUUUCAAAUAAAAGCAGCGGAGCAAGAGAGAGAAGGGACAACCAAAAAUCAACACAUAACAACUCUGUUCCUAACUUACCUUUUUCUCUGCGACUCCUUCGCGGAGCUCUCCUUCCAGGAAGGAUCUCCAUAGUUGUAGUUUUAGUCGUAGUCGCGGAGCUCUCCACAGGAAUCUCCAUAGGAGUAGUCGUAACUUAGAUUCCCCCAAAAACUCAAACACCCUCGUUCGAACGUAGUUUGGAGAGGUGCAAACCGAUUAACGAUCGUCUUGGUUAGAAGUCAGUGGCGCAUCGAUCAAAUCAACACCACCCGGUGGAUAUUUGACGAUCGUCAUCAUUUUCAGAAAUCAGAGUUGCACUGAUUAAAUCAGCACCGCCUAGUGGAUAUUUGACGGUCGUCUCCAUUUCAGCAAUCAACGGUGCAUCCGAUCAACGACACUGCGAGAGUUUCCAUCGCGAAACAUCAAAUCAACAUCGCCGGAAAUGAAUUCGGCACUGGUGU